GAGAACUCUGCCAAGGAAAGUAGGCCUGGAAAUACUGAUAACAAAAUGUAUACACCAAGUAAGUACCAGGAACGGAUCAAUGGAGAGGCUCUGUAUCCAGUGGAUGAUAAGAGGAAUGGCUGUCACGAUGUGAUGAUGAAGGAGCUGCCGCCGAAGAAGAAGACAAAAGCAGAUGAAAAUAAGAAAAUCCGCCAGAAGAGUCCAGUUUUACCGGAACCGGAAGCUCACUUACAACAAGAAGUAAGAACGACAAUAGAUAAAGAAGAUGAGUGCCCGGACAUUUUAAAAACUCGGAGGACUUACAAAAAGGAAUGGCCGAGGGGUUCUCUAGAUGAUGAAUGUACUCCUGAUGAGAAUGCUGUUACUCCACGCUCGGACACCUGCUACGCACCAUUUCCUGUGACUAAGAGGGCCGCCCUAGGAAGACCCCAUGUACAAAUCAUGUCAGAGAACCCAGAAGUUGACUGCCGAACACGAGAAUUCCUCGCGCAUACCCCGCCGUUACCACCGCGAAGUGUUGUCGGCACCUUGGGAACGCAUGUGGUGUGAUCUUUGGAAGGAAAAAAAACAAAACAAUCUAGCUUCUCUCAAAUCUUGUGCUUCCGCUUAUCGUCUCUUCUGUUGCGGAAUGAAAGACAAUUACAAGGUAUCAAAACCUUGCUCUGAGAAGCUUAAUGAAUGUGUUUGUAGACUUUCAGGGAAAUACUAUAAAAUUUGUAACACCUUGAAAAUAAACAAUUUGAUAAGUUCAA